AUGUACAUUUGAGAGAAAGCAAGGAUGGUCUGGAGAUGCACACACCGAUAGAACCCUGCACGAAUCACUAAAGAGGGCUCAAUAUGUGUGUCUGGCAGAAGUUAUAUCCACAGAAACAAGUCAAUCAGUAUUGUAUUGUGCAAUAUGUACUCUGGGAAGAGAGAGUUCCCUGUUAUAAGAGUCAUCAUGUUCAACUAUUAACUGAGGGCAAACUUUUUCUAGGAAAGUUUUGUCCCAGAGAUGGGGCCAACAUGGCAAUGUAAAAUGUUCCUCUCUCUGCCUUUCACUCUCCAAUGCUGAUUCUUGCUACCUGCUGGAGAAUUAUCUCAAAAAGAAGAUAUGGACAAAACAGAAAUUAAGACUUUUUGGCCUUUGUCUAGAUGAGAAAUUGUGAAAUAAAAAAUGUAAUACACAUAAAGUCCCACCAUUUAUAAUAUAGUCAGUGUUAAUAUAUGGUAGAAAUAAUAUCUCGAUGAUUAGAACAUAAGAACAUAAUUAGAACGUAAUUGCAUUAGAACUUGCUGCUUAUUAAACUGCGUUACAAAAGAUAUGUUGAAAUAAGCUGCAGGAAUCUAGUUUAGAAAAAUACAGAAACAGCAACAUUCUUAAUUGUUUAUGGCAGACUAAAUUGCAAAGGAAAAAUCAGAGAAUGGCCCAGUGCAACCAUUCAAAAGAGCUUUCUCUCCAGAGCACAUCAAAUGAGUCACUGAAUGCCACUGAGAUGCCAGUGGCGUGGGAUGAGACCACACUGCUAGGGCUGAAGAUCUUACUGGCAGUCGUUCUGUCUGUUAUAACUCUGGCAACCAUUCUUUCAAAUUCCUUUAUAAUUAUCACCAUUUUUCUCACUAGAAAGCUUCAUACACCUGCAAAUUAUCUCAUUGGCUCCUUGGCGGUGACUGAUCUCUUAGUUUCUAUCUUAGUAAUGCCAAUCAGUAUUGCUUAUACUGUCAGCCACUCGUGGACCAUUGGUCAAGUUAUGUGCGAUAUCUGGUUAUCGUCAGACAUCAUCUGCUGCACAGCCUCAAUCCUGCACCUCUGUGUUAUUGCACUGGACAGAUACUGGGCCAUCACAAAUGCUUUGGAAUAUGCAAAAUGUCGGACAGCCGGUAGAGCAACCCUCGUGAUAGCUGUUGUCUGGGUGAUCGCUGUUUGUAUUUCUAUGCCACCACUUUUCUGGAGACAGGCAAAAGCUCAUGAAGAAAUGGCAGACAGUACUGUGAACACUGAUCAGAUUUCCUACACAAUCUAUUCAACCUGUGGAGCUUUCUAUAUCCCGAUUGUGCUCCUUGUUAUACUGUGUGGGAGAAUUUACGUAGCAGCUCGAUCCAGGAUUCUUAAGCCACCUUCAAUAUAUGGAAAAUGAUUUACCAUAGCCCAACUGAUUACUGGCUCCACUGGGUCUUCUCUCUGCUCCAUUAACUCUAUCCUUCACGAGGGGCAUGCUCAUUCAGGGGGCUCCCCAGUAUUUAUCAAUCAUGUGAAAAUCAAACUGGCAGAUAGUGUCCUGGAAAGGAAAAGAAUUUCUGCUGCAAGAGAAAGGAAAGCCACAAAAACUCUGGGCAUUAUCCUGGGAGCUUUUAUUUUCUGCUGGCUGCCAUUCUUUGUUGUGACCCUGGUCCUGCCCAUCUGUCAGGAUGCCUGCUGGUUUCAUCCAAUCCUAUUGGACUUUUUUACGUGGCUAGGUUACUUAAACUCGCUUAUCAAUCCAGUCAUAUACACUGUUUUUAAUGAAGAGUUUAAACAGGCCUUCCAGAAACUAAUCCAGUUCAAAAAAUGUUCUUAG